AUGGAAACACCAAUUGGGGUUUUGAGAAUAGAGCAAAACCAAGUUUCAAAAGAAUUAUCUCGAUUCAGAGCUUGCGAUCCCGAAACGCGCAGUCUUUAUUGCCGUGAAUGGGCCCAAUACAUUUACAAAAAACAUUUUGUCUGGAGUGCAAAGACACAAGAAGAAAUCCCAGAUAGUCAUUCAGCACCUGUCAGUAUAUCAACUGGUAAAUACCAAAUCAACUUUAUUAAUAAUAAUGCCAAUGAUGAUGAGGAAGAGGACGAAGACGAACAAGUCAAUAUUUUUAAAAAGGAACGCUCAGUUAUUAUGGCUAAAAAGUUUGAAGAUCUAUUGAAAUCUUGGUCAACAGUACCUGCUAAACCAGAAGAAGAAAGUUUAAUUAAUCAACUUAUACAAGCCUGUCAAUUAUGGAUUACUUUACCUAGUGGCUAUUCUGGAUUGCCUACUUUAUUUGAACCUAUUGAAUUUAACCCUUAUCCUGAUGCCAUUCCCUUGACAGAUGAUCCUAAAGAUCCCUCUCAAUUACUUGAUGCACUCAUCAUUGAACGUCAGGCACUUUGCUUACCCUCUGAUUGUUUCCAUUUGUUAAAGAAUUUGACAGGUGAUAUUUUGUUGUCACAUACUACACCCACUUGUAAUCAUGUUAAACCUACUUCUAGAUCACCUAGCGAUCUUGAUGUAGAUCGUAACAUUUUUAAUGAAAAUGAAACAGUUGCUGUCAAAAAAGCGCUUGCUGAUCUUACAGUCGCUUUAGAUAAAGUUUGGCAGCCACUCAAUAAUUUCCUUGACAAGCUUACUAAACUUGAAAAGAGACGUUCAAAAUUAUUAGGACAAGACUGUCAAGCCACGAUCAAUUCAUUUGUUGAUACUCAAAAAUAUGUUUCUCUACUUGAUCUAUGGGCUUUAGAGGAACCAAAAUAUAAAAAUAAAAAAUCAACACCAGACGUUAUUGCCAGUGUGGAUGAAUUCUUUGAGCAGCGUUUGGGUCAGUUAAAAUUAGUCAUCAACAGCUUUAUGGAUGACUUUGUCCCUGCUCAUAUGAAAGAAAUUCAGAUUUUAACGGCCGAUUUAUGGCAAAUGAUCGUGCCUACAAUCUAUGAAAUGGGUGAACGUAUGGCAACUCACGAAGAUCAAAAAGGAAAUAAGAAUGCAAAUGCAAAUGCAACUAAAGUGAGUGAAUCCCUUAAGGCUUUGAAUGUUGAUUCAUUAAAAAGAAUGGAAUCUACCAAGGAAGUAGAGACCGCUCAGACACGUAUCUUGGAAAGUUUAAAAUCCAGAAAAAAUAGAUACAUUAUUGAUAUAGAUAAUCUUUUGAAGAAUUACCAGGAGAGUCGCUCUACUCUUCACGGUCGUGUUGAGAGACUUAACAAUAAAGAUUUUAAAAAGAAAAUAAAGAAGGUGGAAGGUCAAUAUGAAAAACUUCGUCAGUAUUUCUUAAGAGAAGUAACUGCGACCAUCUUCCCCGAGACGCUCUUUUGUAAGUUUGCUUUAGUUUGUCUAGAGCCCUUAAUGCAAGAAGCUGAAGUCAUGGAAGCUGUUACAAUUGAGCGAGAGGUCAAGCGAUUUGUAGAAGCACAUAAAGACUUGUUACAGCAGCGUUGUACGCUUUUACAUGAUUUUGAAGAAGGUGUGCAAACGGGUCGUCGUGAAUUGGCUGGUGUACUUGGUAAAUUAUUCCUUAAAGAGGGUAUGAGAAUUCAAGGGGACAGUGCAGCUUUAAAGAAACAAAAUUCUUUACUAAAGUCUAUGGGACUCUCUGUUGAUGAACCUACUACUGCUAGUAGUAAAAAGAAGUCGAAGAAUAAGAAAAAGUCAUCAAGUGGUGUAAAUAGUGGUGCAAGCAGUAGUAAUUCAACCCCAACUAUGGCUUCCAAGGAUCUGCCUAUUGCUUCACCUGAUAAAAAAAAUAUCGAGAAAAAGAAGAAAGCAGACACAACUUCUCCACCUGCUAAAUCUGUUGCUGUUACAAAAGAACAAAACGUUCCUCCUCCUAAGAACGUAUCUCCUAAACCCGUUCAUGUAAAGCCUAUUGAUGAAACCGCUGCCACAAAGAAAUUUCCCAAGACGGAUGUCUCUGUACUCGUUAAUAUGACACAAAGCAACAAUAUUAAAAAGGAUUCUGGUAAAGAUGCCCCUACUGCUGAAUCUAAUGUAGCUACUAAUAAGAUAAAGGAAGUAUCUUCAACUAAAACAGAGACACUGCUAAAACAAUCUGAACCUUCUAAUCAGAAUGACGAUAUACAAGAUUGGGAAACAAUUCGAACUUCUGUGAUGGCUAAUGAAUCCAAAAAAAAUGAGGUCAAUAAGGAUGAAAUUCAAGAUUGGGAAACAUUAAAGGCCAACGUGCAAAAAAAGGAAGAAAAGGAACCUACUAAAGUCAAUAAAAAGGAUAUAGACAAUUGGAAUAAGACUACUCAUGCUGGAUGGUCUACGGUUGCUGCUAAAAAGCCAGCUAUUGCUUCUGCUUCUGCUUCUACUAACGACAAUUGGUCUACUACUGCUACAGUAAAUACGUCUGAGAACUCUUCUGCUAAGGGAGAUGAUUUAGGUGGAUGGGGAAGCCCUAUAGUAGUAGUAGAUGCAUCUAAAUCUGCAGCUUGGCCUAAUACUUCUACUGAUGGCAAGAAGACGUCUGUAGGAAAUAAUGAAAAGGAGAAUGACGGAUGGAAUACGGCUAAAAAGGAAAAAAAGAAGCACAGUAAAACGGCUACUUCUGCUUGGAAUGCACCUACAUCUAACUUGCCUGUUUCAGAUGAUGAUGGAGGAUUGUCUCUUGGUGGAUGGGGCUCAUCAUCAACUACUGAUAACUGGAAUAAGCCAUCCAAUGUUGGUACAGAUAGUUGGAAUAAAUCUUCUACUUCUUCUCCUACCACUGACACAUGGAACAAGUCAACCAGUUCGUCUCCUAUCAAUGAUGGUUGGAAUGUGACAAAGACCCUUAAGAAAAAGCAGUCUAUUAAUAAUGACGAUGGUCGGGGUGAAGUAGCAUCUACAACUCCUACUUCUGAUAACUGGGGUAAACCCGCCACUACUUCGUCCUCUUCUUCUAAUGAUGAUGGUUGGGGCGUGAUAUCUAAUCCUGCUGAACACACCUCUACUGUGGGAUGGGAUAGUUCCAACUUACCUUGGAAUGAUGAACCUGCUACUACCGAUGCACAAAUGAUGAAAGUAUCUACUAAAGAACAUAUCAAGAAGUCUAAUGACACUAUUUCUUCUAUACCUCCAGGAAUCUCCAAUCCUACUCCUAUGCCUACUCCUCCUCCUGGUAUUACAAAUACUACAAUUACUUCUACUAGUCGAGCAAUGCCACCCGGACUGAAUGCUAUCAAUGAUGAGGCUAAUAAGAAAGUUGAAGAAUUACCUACUACUAGCUCUAACCCAUCUACUAAUAAUACCACUGCUAUCAUCCCUACUCCUGGGUUAGCUACAUCUAGUGUUCCUAAUAAUACAACAGUUCUUCCUACAGGUUUAGGAAUGCCUCUCUUAUCUUCUGCUGCAGUCCAACUCCAAGAGCCUUUGCCUGCCAAUAUUAAUGAAAUGAGUGCUGAUAUGUUACUUUUAAUUGUUAAAAAUUUGCAUCGAGAAAAUGGUACAUUAAUACAAUCUGUCUACAGUAUGCAACAAGAAAUGAGUAUGAUGACAAAUCGAUAUGCUGAAAUUAUGGCUUUAGCUCGGGAGCGUGAAGCACAGACAUUAGCCCUAUUUGAAAGUCGUAAGCAAACAGAGAUGGAAGAAGCACGUAGAUAUGUAUUAUCUUUAGAGGCACGUGUGAAGCAAUUAGAAGAACAGCUUAGCAAACCUCAUUCAACAAAUAUGACAACUGCAGGAUUUGGAAAUCAGGAUUUAUUUGCAGGAUAUAGGGAAGAAAUGUCAACUAGCUCACAUCACCAUAAUAAUCAUAAUAGAAACAAUCAUCAUAAUCGAAAAUUAUGGCAAAAGAAUACGAUUAUUCGUUGUGGUAACUGUGGUGAAAUGGGGCAUGCUAGUGCAGAAUGCAAGAGCUAUUGUCGUUAUUGUGGUAGUUUAGAACAUUUAUCUGAAGCUUGCCCUAUGAAUUAA